AUGGAUCGAAUCAAUUUUAGUAAUGUGACACCACCUCAGAAUCUUAUAAUGAAAUUUCUAGAUCUCAACAACUCAAAUGAAGAUGAAGAUGGAAAUGAAGGGGGAGAAAAUAGUAGUGAUGAUGAUAUAUUUGAUGUAAAUUCUUAUUCAUCAGUAUUUAAUACAAUUUCCAAAAAAGAGACAGAAUGGAAAUUAAAAAAUGGAAAGUUGGUUACAGAAGACAGCAUUAUUCUUGAAACCAUAAAAGCUAUUGAAGAG